UUGUUAUUCCGGGAUCGUAGUGGAAAUGAAAACAGGGAAGUCCUCGGUCAUAAAACAGGUGUACCCAUUGGUUGUAGCACAAAACCCAAACACAGAGCACAGCUGCUAUUAGCUAAAGAGGCACAGUAAAGAAAGACGUGCAGGCCUAGGGACAUUAUUUCGCUAAUUUGCCAUUGCGUUUUUAAGAUACUGUCGGGACAUUGUCGCUCGUGGUUAAGCCCUUUUUAUGUGUUGUAGCUGAUGUCAGCUGGAGUCGUGUCGUGCCUUUCAUUAAAACUGACAAAACGUAUAAGUGUCAAGUAACGCUGUCUUAGCUUAGCUUAGCUUAGCUUAGCUUAGCUCCUGAAUCGUCUCUGUGGCACAGGGCGUGAUUUGAGUCCAGCUAAGGAGUUGGGUUGAUGUGUGUGGCAUCGAGACAAGAGGCACCAUGAGUGCGGAGUUGGAUGCGCUGACUGUGGUGAACCAGCUGCGUGACCUCGCCGCAGACCCCUUGAACCGAAGAGCCAUAGUAGAAGACCAGGGCUGUCUGCCAGGUCUCAUCCUUUUCUUGGACCACCCCAACCCACAGGUCGUCUACUCUGCACUAUUGGCCGUGCGCUACCUGGCAGAAUGUCGAGCCAACCGGGAAAAGAUGAAGGGCGAGCUGGGCAUGAUGCUGAGUUUGCAGAAUGUCAUGCAGAAGAGCACGUCACCUGGGGAGACCAAACUGCUAGCGUCCGAGAUCUACGAGAUUUUGCAGUCGGCCGGUAAAGAAGAGGCCGAACAGGCCGAGGCAGCCGCUGCCUCCUGCCGGCGCAAAGCCCACUUCUUCCUGGGCUCCAACAACAAGAGGGCCAAAACUGUCGUGUUGCACAUCGAUGGUCUGGAUGACUCCACUCGGAGGAGCCUGUGUGAAGAGGCCCUGCUAAAGAUUCGAGGGGUCAUCAGUUUCACCUUCCAGAUGGCUGUUAAGAGAUGUGUUGUCAGGAUCCGUUCUGACCUUAAAGCUGAGGCGUUGGGAACAGCUAUUAACUCCACCAAAGUAAUGACGGCUCAGCAGGUGGUGAAGACGGAGGACGGAGGGGAGCGGGUGGUGCCAUUCCAGGAAGACGCAGCGGUGGAAGUAGAAGAGAACACAGACAUCCCAGACUAUCUGCCCGAGGAGGAGAGUCCGUCCCAGGAGCAGGACAAGGCGGUCACACGCGUGGGAUCCAUCACGGACGGCAUGGGCUGGCUCAGCACGGCGGCCAACUUCCUGACGCGCUCCUUCUACUGGUGACAACUUCCUGCCCGCCUGUCUUAGCUCCCUGUUUGUGUCGAAGGUAACAUCCAGCUGCAGCCUUAGCAUCUCUCAGCCUAGUCCCCGGACGAUGCCCUGCCUCACAGCCCCACACUUAGUCUAGACUCCCCUUCUCCGAAGCACACGGAGGAGUACCGGCCACAUGUCUGCAACAAGUGCUGGACUACCAUGUGGAACCCGCAAUAACUUGUGUAAAUACCGGGCUUCGAAUACCACUGCUGGCUGUAUGUGCACAACUAUAUACUAGCUGUACUUCAAAACAUAUAGCCAGAGGACUUUAAAUCUAAUAGCUUUCUGGAAACGCGUCUCACUGCGCUGACUGAUUGGCAGGCGUAUUUAAUCCUACGGAGGGCGAUUUGGCGGACAUUUAAAAUUGGGAGGUCGUUUUGUGUGUGAUAUUUGGUUUGCUUUAAUUCCUGGUGUCUAUUCCCCAGUCGUUGCCCUUUUAUUAUAUACAUAUUACAUUGUUUAAUUUCCUAGUUAUGCCGAUUCUUUUCUUCCCUCUUCAAAUUUUUUUUUAGCGCCCUAUUACGCUGUCGUGCCAAUCUCGCCCGAUGCCCAUAACCGUGAUUAUUGUGUGUGCCUUUUUUUUUCUCUUUUCUUUUUUGACAUUUCACUGUUAUUAUUAUUUAUUCAUCAUUCAUUCAAAUGAGUCGAGCGCUCCGAGCAUGCUUGAUGUUUGUGCUUUCCUAGCAGCAGCUGGCCUCCCCCAGAUCUCAGCCCACUGAGGGGACGUCACUUCUGUAGAAAUAGUAAAUAGACACCAGCAAGAGGCCGCGGCUCGUUCAGGGCUUCACGUGCGUUGGGCUGCAUCGCGUUUUUGCAACUAAUUGGCCAGUUGGCUGAUUAAUACACAACCCCUCAACGAGCUCUGUUGUUUGUGUUAAAAAUUAGGACUCCUCCGAUGAUAUGAUACUGCAGGAAAUUUCCGAAAGUGAGCUCUGCGGAGGCUGCGAAUGGACUGACGGCUCGUUGUGUUUAUUGCACAGAUUCUAGGCUACCUCUGCUUAUCCCACGUCAGCGUUACGCACGGUCUUCUGUAUCGAUAGCAUGAUGAAGACGAACCUGUUAGCUGCCCGCUUUGCAAACGCUUCCCAGUGUUACAUGAUAUUCCAUUUUUACAGUGUUGUGGUUGCACCUUCUUUUCAGUUUUAGCCAGCAGUGUCCUUAAAGCAAAGAUCAUGUUGGUGCACGCUCACACAAACAAGAGGACUCUCAAAAAGCUGUCGUACGAGCAGUAGAGGUUAUGUACAUUUUGUAAAUGGUGCCUGACUCCCUAAAAAUCUCUGACCUUACAUGUGAGUGGAUUUUUUUUUUUGUUUUAAUAUUACGGAUCUGCAUUUUUAUGUCACAGCUUUGAGGUCAAACGCUCCUCGAGAGGGUUUUUCCUGAUUCUUUAGCUCGCGAUUCACACCGGACUUAACUACUGUGACAUGUGUGAGUGUCAUUAAUAGUUAUUACGUUCACUGCUGACCGGGCAUCUUUUAUUCUUUUCUUUUGAUGGUGCGAGACGUCACACUUCAUUGAGAUCAAACUGAGGAAUGGUGCAGAAUAACCUGGUGGCUGUCCUCUGGAAAAGCAAUAAUUAUUUGUGCAUUUAAUGUGGUCGUCAUAGUGCAAGAAAAGCAAUGAACAGCAGUAUUAACGUUUCUUCUUAAUUUGUCCAUUUUGCACAGAGUUAAUCUCCUAAAGUUUCACCCUGUAGUUACAUUUUUUUUUUUACAUUUGGUGUCUGGAUGGGUUUCCCCUCUACUGCUGGUUGUCACAUAACCACAAAGCAAGUCCUCAAAAAUGUAUCUUCAUGUGUACAGACUCCAGCUGUCAGCAGAUGUAUUAUAAUGUAUGCAGAUCUUAAAAGUUGUAGAUUCCCAUACACUGUUAAUGCCAAUAACGAUAAACUUAAAAAUCUAA